AUGGAAGCCAAGGAAGCGGGAGCGUUUGUGAUCAAGGGGCGCCAGUCCAAUCUGGAGAUUCCAUCCCUCAUCGAGGCGCUGGCCAAGACAGCAGCCCAGCCACAGGAAAUCCAGGCGCUUCAAGCGCUGGUGACCGAGUCGGUCGCUCAAUGGCGCUACAAAGGCGAGGGCGCCGCACACCUGGUCCUCUCCUACGCUGGCGGCAACCCCACCAGUCCGCUCAAGGGCCAGGUGCUGCGCGUCGAAAAGCGCUUCAAGAACGGGGAGGACGGAGGCAAGGGUCCGCAGGGCUCCCACGCACUCCACAUCCCCGCCGACGGUCUCAUGUGGUUCCAAGGCACGCCAGUGCACGUCGAGAACCACGAGCUCAAGGAGUACGCGUUCGUGCACAACGUCAUGCGACCCCUGAUCGGCCCCUCCUACGUCCACCCCGGGGUGCCGAUCGUGAUGACGCCGGCGUUUCUCGGGGCGCUGGGCGCCGGCGUGGAGCAGAGCCGGCCGGAGCUCCGCCGGAAGGACACCGAGAUCGAUGUCGACAGCAAAUUCGCUUUCCUCAUGCCCGACCUCUCGCUCCUCCCGCACGCCGCGCCCGCCGCCGACGCCGACGCCACCGACGGCCGCGUCGCGCCCAUCAUCUGCGUCGAAAUCAAGCCAAAGUGGGGCUUCCUGCCCUAUUCGCCGUUGAUUCGGGCGCCGCACAGCAUCAAGACGCGCGUGUGUCGUUACUGCAUGCACCAACGACUCAAGCUCAAGAAGGGCGAGAUCGACGAGAUCAGCGGGGAGCCGGCGCGCAUCAGGCGAGCGCUGAUGGACAUGCUCCACGUGCCCCAAAACAACGUCAAGAUCUACGCCGACGGCGAACUGGCCUACACCGGCUCCCUGGGCGGGAAGAUGAAGGGCGAGACGACGUUCGAUCUGGAGCACCUCGAACGAAAGAUGGCUUCAGUGUUCGCACCGGCGGACGAUGGGUCGUGCAUAUCGACGAUGGUGGAUGUGCUGUGCCGAAUCCUGCACGAGGAGAAGGUGCUGCCCAAUCUGCGCAGCAUACAGCAGAUGGACUACCUCGACAUCGAGGGCAUCUAUUAUCUGCACAAGAAGAUCAAGGAGCACGGCCUCGACGCACUGGCCAACGAAUGGGACGAAACUACGCUUCAGCUCUUCGAAGGCGACAGCGAGGACCGGGAGCGAUUCGUCGAGAAGCUGAAGCGCGGGCAGCUGCAGGAGGCCGAUAUGGUCGAGCUCAUCCGGGACUACCUCAUCUCCAUGACGGCCAAGGACUGCUCCAUCAUGAUCACCCUCCUCCCCGUCCCCGUCCCCGUCCCCGACCCACACCACCAGCCCAGCCACACCAGCGGCGAGCGGGUGGUGGAAGAAAAUGGGCGGCGGUACGCGUUCCGGGUGGCGGUGGUGGACGUGGACCCCAAGCCAGUACAGAACAUUCCCUACUGGUACCGCCUCGACCAGGAGAUCGUGGACCACUUCAUCGCCCAGGAGCGACAGCUACAGGAGAGCAGCAACGCCACGACCCACACCACCCCGCGCUGCCUCUUCGAACACCACACCACCACCGGUGCAUUCUAA